GUUCUAUCAGUGUCGCCAAAGCAGCUUCGUCUUUGUUGCAAACGCACAGCCAACGCCAGGUGAUACUGAAUACCACCGCCGCAUGGGUUCGCCGUUGGGUUAUCGGGCAGAAGUUGUGUCCCUUUGCACGACCCUUGGUGGACCGGGGUGUGCUGCGCUUACGGCUGGUUCCUGACCUCCCGUCUUUGCUGCCAGUGUUCCACCAGGAGGUGCUGUUGCUGCUGGAGCGGAAUAACGCUUGUAAAAAGAACACCAUGUUGACGGAGGUCCCAGCACCAACCAGCAUGGGGACGCGUUAUGGAUCUGAAGCAUUGUGUUCUAGGUCUGCCUCUCAAGAAGAGAAGCGGAACGCGACUAGCCCACAAGUGCAAGACGAGGUGGAUCGAGGUGAACAAGGUUCCUGCCCGGAGAGGGGGAAGCCGAAGCAGGCGGAGAAACGCACCAUUGGCGAGGACACCACGACCAAAACGACUUUAGGACAGGACCAAAACGACCGAGCCUGUACAACUUCUAGCUGGACUACAGUUGUCACUCCUGAG